AUGCAGGGACGUCGUUCUCCCUCGAGCGGCUCGGGGGCUGCGAAGCCACGAGGAAACUCUAGAGGAAGCCGCGCGUCGCGGAGCGGGCGCGUGUCUGCGAGCGCCGCCCACUCUAGCUCCGAAGGGCGUACCGGUGGAAAAAAGACAAAGAGUUGGCUGCUUGACGAUGAAGCCGGUCAGGAUCUAGCUGCUUUUUCUGCGGGUAGGGUUGCGCCGCCCUCUCCAGAGGAAGGGCUUUCGCCGAUACGCGCCCCUGACCCGUGUAGUUAUUCCAUUCACCAGUGCCCCCCCUUCAGCCCUUCCGAUGGUCUGUUAACCGUUGCCGGCAACGACCAGGCAUCUUCGCCUAGCCUUGCGCUUUCCUUCUCGUCCUCUUUGUCUCCGAGGAGCUUCGUUGCCAGCCCGCCACCUCCUCUCCACGCCUUUCCGGACGGGGCGUCCGGCUCGGCUGGCGGAGUUCCUCCUCUGCCGAUCGCUCUACCAGAAGCCGCCACGUUUUGUGCGGUUUCAGACGCGCCGGAUGUCAAUGGCGGCAGCACAGUCGCGGACGCUCUAAGGGUGCCCGCCAGCAGGGGGGACGCGAGCUCAGGUGACGCGCCUUCGCGCGCCGCCAGCUCGACAGGCUCGAGCGCAACCGCGCAGGCGGCAGACGAAGGCGACGCAGGCGGGGCUCGAAAGAGAGAAGGCCUCCAGCGCAAGAGGCUUCGCAGGAUUGUGGACGAUGGUAGCAGUGGGGAGGAAGAGACCUGCGAUGCACCCGCAGCGACUGAAGAAGCGCCAGAGAGUGCACCAUCCUCCACGUGGGCAGGGGCGGCGGAGGCGCAGCUGCGCCUCGAUAAUGUGGCCUCGUGCCUCGCCUCCGGAGCGAAAUCUGCACUCCCGCCUGGCGCUGCGGCGUGUCGUCCGCAGGAUGCACCGGUUGCUUCGCCACCGCCGAUUCAGGGAGUUCUGCCGCGACCCGUUCACGUGUUCGCAGGCGGGGGUAGUGGGCUUCAGAGGCCCGUAGCUUCAUCGGCCGCGGGGGGGUGCGUAGGGGCCGGCUUGAACGGCCGCGGCGGGUCGCCGCUUCCUGCAGGCAUGAUGCCGAGUGACAUGCUGCAAAGCGUGCUGCCCGCGCCGGGCACAGGUCGGGGCCGUGGGCACGUCGGACCGUCCUCGCUGUUGCGGAGCUCGUGGCGAGGGCUGCAGCCGGAGACUGCGAAUGGCAGGGGGCGAGCGUCUGUCCGCUUCACUCCGAAUAUAGGCCGAGCCACGGCCUCCUCCUCUGGAGCGGCUGAGCGAUCCACGCGAGGUCUCGACUCUAAAUGCGGCGAGAAACCGAGAGCUGGAGUCGCGGCUUCAGGAAGCCUUGGUGACCGUCACGAGACCGCGGACAAGUUUGCGUGGACGGGUAUGAUCGUGAGCAGCCAACAACGACAAGAGAAUAGCCUGCGGGCGAAGAAGGGCUCAGCUGAAGGACAGGGGUCGAGGGACAGCCGCACAAAGUCUCCCGCGAGUGCUGCUGCCCGAGGGAGUGCCUCGGCCUCCGCGCAAGCCGGCGGGACGGCUGCGUCGACCGUCGCGGGCGGAGACACGUCUGGAGCUGCGGGCCUCGCUUCGGAGGCUCCUGGCAGGAAGAGCCAAGUCCCGGUGGAAAAGGAUGCCGAGGCAAAGAGCUGCAUUCUUGGAGGGCGUGCACCCGAUUUCGCGCCGGCGGGCAUCAAGCGCGACGAGCGGAGCGACGACGACGAGCCUGAGACAGAUUCCGACGCAGUUUUUGACAGCAAAACUGGAUGGAAACGCGAAUUCGGCGACGAGCUGGUUGGGGGGACGCACACGCGUGAGCCGGACGGUGCGUAUCUCCCGAUGUCCCUACCCCUGAAGAAAAGAAAGAAGCAGUUUCCUCGUCCAUCCCCUGCCGCAGCACUGAUGGCAGCAGACGCCUCUGCUCACUUCCAGGAUAACCUGGACUCCUCGGCGGCCCCCGGCUUCGCGUCGUUUCUGCUUCUUCAACUCCCGCGGUGCUUGCCGCCGCUCGACAAAGAAGCUAUGAGGAGAGAGCAACUGCGGCACGAUGCGUCUCAGCAGGCAGAUUCAGGCUCAGCUCCAGGCACCGGCGCGGCGAACAGCCACGGGUCGUCUGGCGUGUUGCCUCGGGGGGCCGCGCCAGCUGCUGAAGAGCCUGUCACGCUCAAGGAACUUCCCGAAGGCGCGCUGGGGCGCCUGCUGAUUCAUAAAAGCGGCCGCGUGGUGUGGCACUUAGGCGGAGACCCGGAAUCGGCGGACAUGACGAGCAAGCGGCGAAUGAGACAACGGAGGGACUUCCCCGUGUGCCCGUGGGAAGUGAAUCCUGCUCAGGGAACGCAGAGGAGACAGAGGGAAAAGAGACCAAAGGGAACAGGUCACCAAUCCACCGAGACCCAACGGAACCAUUCGCGAGGACAGAACGCGGGUCACGAGGAGGACGGCGCGGAAAUGACAGGUGCGCAGGCGGCAGACGCAAUCAAGCGCAACGGCAAACGAAGCCGAGCGCCGAAGCCGGAAGUUAGUAGCACUCUGGAGGGCGAUGGCCGCAGACGUCUCCGCCGCGGAAGCACAGAGGGUAAGAGCGACGCCGAUGAGAACGAGGCAGACGAGAGGUUGCGACGAGGAGGGAGCGAUUGCGGCUCCGCAAGCGAAGGCGCUGCGCAGCAAGCGAAAGGAAGCAGAAGACUCCGGCGGGUUGACAGCAGUGACAGUGAGGACGGGGAGGAACGGCACGCGGGUGAACGGCGAAUAGACGCGGACGGGACCAGCGGAAAAGGUCUGGCAUAUUCUGAAUGCGAGAAGAGGGAAAAAUGCAAGUUAAAACAGGAGGUACAGGCUGGAGAUACUCCGCGGAGGACAUGCCACGGGCUUUUUUCUGAAGCAGACAGACGAAGGCAUACUGAGGGCGCAGUUCAGGAUCGUCGCUCCUCAGACGCCGCGCAACAAUCGACGACCGGACGCUUACAAAAGAGGCAGGAAAGAGGGAAGACGAAUGCGCAGGCAGGAUCGGAGCAAGAAGCCAAUGACGGCUACUGCUUCAAGAUCGAUGCCGGAUGUGACUGCAUUUUCAAGCAGGAGUGCGGUGUCAUGUUCAGAGACAACAAGGAGUUCGUUUUUCUAGGCAGCUGUCCUCGUCGGUUCGUUGUCGCCCCACAUAUCGAGCAGUUGCUUCAUGCUUCGGCGGCCGCACGAGCUACGGCCGCGGGGGGAAAGGACCCGACGGCUGGGCCGUAG